AGGAUGCUGAAGUACCUAAUCCUCCCCCUCCUCGCUCCCCUGCUCCUACUCCCACCCACCCUCAGUCUGUUCCUUGUCUUCCUCUCCCUCCUAUUCCUGGUAUUUUACCUGCGACUACAGUGCAUAUCACAACGCAUAAACGGGCCCACUAUAGCUUUCUUCCAUCCCUAUUGUAAUGCUGGAGGUGGUGGUGAAAAAGUCCUGUGGCAGUGUGUUUUGUCAGUCGUGGACAGAUUCCCUAAAGCCACGGUCUAUAUCUAUACUGGGGAUGUGGACGCUACUCCCGAAAAAAUCAUAUCAAAUGCAGAAAACUGUUUUGGACUGAACUUACCUAGCGAAAAUUUACAAUUUAUAUACUUGAAGAGUAGAUUUUUAGUGGAAGCGAAGUGCUAUCCUAUGUUCACUCUUCUUGGACAAAGUCUUGGUUCGAUUGUGGUAGGACUGGAAGCCCUGUGGAAGUUGCAGCCUGCGUACUUUGUUGACAGCAUGGGUUAUGCCUUCACCUAUCUGAUGGCAGAAUUGGUGGGGUGUGAUGUGAUUUCCUACGUUCACUAUCCAACCAUCAGUACUGAUAUGCUCGGAAAAGUGGCUGCCAGGGAGUCGAGUUAUAACAACGCUUCAGCAGUCGCUAGAAAUCCCCUCCUCAGCUCUGUUAAACUUAUUUACUACAAGAUAUUUGCUAAGAUGUACUCGGUAAUGGGAGCCAAAUCUAAACUUGUGUUUGUCAACUCAUCUUGGACCAAGGGACACAUAGACGAUAUUUGGCAGAUUCCUGACAGGACUACACUUCUUUACCCACCUUGCAAUACUGAGAACUUCCUUAAAAUUUCGGGACCUAGAUCUAAGAGGAUUGUGUCGGUUGCCCAGUUUCGGCCAGAGAAAGAUCAUAAAUUGCAGAUCGAAUCAUUUGCGAUGUUCGUGGAAAAAACUGGACGAAGAGAUGUAACGUUAACCCUAGUGGGUGGGGUAAGAAACCAGGGAGAUAGAGAUAGAGUAGAAUCUCUGAAGCAACUUUCUGAAACCCUUAAAGUAGACGAACUGGUUGAGUUUAAAGUCAGUAUCCCCUACUCCGAGCUGUACCAGAUCUUAUCCGACUCUCUGAUGGGUCUCCACACCAUGUGGAACGAACACUUUGGUAUUGGAGUGGUGGAGUUCAUGGCAGCCGGUAUCAUUCCCAUAGCACACAACAGCGGGGGUCCUAAGUUGGAUAUAGUGGUACCAGGGACAGGCUUCUUAGCAGCCACUGCUGAGGAAUACAGUGAUCACGUGAUAAGAGUUCUGGAGAUGACAGAUGAAGAAUUGGAGGGCAUAAGGGAAAGAGGACGGGAGCAUGUGAUGGGCACCUUCUCUGAUGAGGCCUUCUCGACUGUCUUUAUUGAGAAGUGUGUGAACGAGUUGGAUAUGGAUCUUAGAUGGAUUGAAGAGUUUGAUGCAGAGGACGAAGAGAGGUUGGAAGAGUUUUCAGAUUGAUUGGAAUUUAAAUUUUCGUUUGAUUUGGAGUGUUUACAGCUGAUCUUCACUUUGUUAGUCGUUCAGAUAGUUUUAUUGACUGGAAAAUAUUAUUGAUCUAUAAGCGUUUUCCUCAUAAAUUGGUAAUUUUUAAUGGGACACUAUUUAA